AUGAGCACAAUAUGCAACAGCUUCAUUUUAAUCAACCUGGCCCUGCUACUAGCAAUUGGGAAUGUCAGUUCUACUACCGCCCCUCCUGUAUUAGAUAGCAAGAAGUUAUGCAGCCAGUGCUCCAAAUGUGAUCACGGUACCAAAACGUGUCCACCAAGUGAGGCCUACCCCCAUAUGACUGCUUUUGAUAAUACCCUUAUUGCCGGUGCAUCUCAGUCUGACUACGUUGACGCAAGUGACAGAGGUGUAUACUCGGUACCCAAUAUUGUUGGUGGUAAGUCUAAAGAGUACAAUGCCUAUUUCGGUUGGGAAUCAACCUCUGGCUCUGCUUCUGGCUAUCAUAGGUUUAGCAACUACAUGGAUAAGUGUUCAGGAGGACAAAACUACCUGACAGUCGAUAAGCAUGGCAAAGUUAGCCUUCGGUCGUUGAGUUCUUUGGAAAAUUUGGCGUUUGCAGAUUGGAAAUCAAUUAACCCACCAAAACAUCUGAACCACAGACAAUUCAGAUUCUGGGUCAAUGGCGCCACGGGGAAAUGCCUCACAGUGUUUGGUGGGAAUACGCAGAAACGGACUGUAGGAGUGGCUGACUGCAAGUUUGAUGGAGCAAACACGGGACAACUUUUUGCUUUUCGCUUUCACUAUCACUAUGCAUUUUGCUGUUGUGGUCUCCACAACACUUAAAGUUUCUUCAUCAGCAAAAAAAAAUGUUUUUAUCAUAUCUUAUGACUUUAAGUGUGUUUGGCUUUUACCUCACCAUGUUGAUCAUGUUGAUACAUUCUUCAAUAGAAACAAUUGUACCUCUG